UGUUUGUGUGAAAAAGAAUGACCUUUGCGACAUUCUUCUGUCUCUGCGCACAUACUCUAACUUCCUGGGUCGCGAAGCGUAUACCGGUGUAACUUGCAAAUGUUACAAAAGUCGCGUGUUUUUCUUUCCAUCAUUUCAAUUAUCCUACAGUUCUCCUUGGAGAUCGAACGCAUCGCGUGUUUUUUCUUGCACUCAUCGAUCUUGCAAAAUCAGCUCUACGACGAUAAAGAAGAGUGCACCUAAAGUAAUACUUGCGUUUACAUGGAUUUAGCGCUCGCUGCAGAACAUCAGUCGCGAAGUGGUGGGCUAGUGUGGUUACGAACAUAAUUGUCGUUUAAAUGAGGACUAGAUGAGAACGCUACACGUGAACCAAAAACAUCAACAGAAUUAGGACGAACGUGAAAAACAGCAGUUACAAGGUUCGCUUGAGGCAAGUCAAGUCGUCCAAUGCUUUAUUUGCUUCAACGACUCAUCGUGAAAUUAGCAUCUCUGCGCAUGAAUGAGACGAUAUUGACAUAAUGGGUGAAACUAACGCUGUAUUUUCGUUUGACACAUUUUUAUGUUAAUUGACUUUUUGAGCUUUCAGUGGUCACGGUAGCAGUACUUUUAUAUCACCAUCGACAUUGGAGAGGGAAAUUUUUGCCUGGGAGCUAUCAAGUCGUUGCAUACGACUGAUGUGUUCAGUCGCUAGUAUUAAUUCCACGAGGAGCAAGUGUUUAUAAAUUAUUUCUGUAAUUGAAAAAAUUAUAGUGAAUACACAUCACCAAGGAAAUAAUGGAAGGUAGCAGUGACGUAGUUAGGGUGAAGGAAGAGCCGAACUAUAAUUGGCUGGAUGUAGAAGACGGUUCUAUCUUCGAUCCGGUGGACUCCUGUACAGUCGAAAACUUUGAAACAAUACAAUUUCUUGCAUUACCCGCAAAUCUCGAGGAUGCGGCUGUGGCGUUACAGGAGAGGUCAUGUGAAAAAAGAAUCAAAGGUUCUGAAUGCGAAGAUGUUAAACCAGAACUGAAAUCUCUUCCCAUGAGUGUUAACAAAUUUGAGUUUCAACAUUUUCAGUCUAUUGUAAAAAUAGAGAAUGAAAAUCGGACCAUUGACACGAAUGAAAAAAAAAUGUUAAUUUUGAUUAAAAAGGGAUUUGAUUAUGAAAAUAAUUGCCAGUUUAAUAUAAACUCCAGUUUUACCAUUGCCAAAUGCAAAAAUCGAAAAAGUUUAGAUGGGACUGUUACAAGAAAGUCGUCGCGUGAAUCAAAAAUGUAUUCAAAAACAGAAAAAGCAGAUCCAAAAAAGCAUACAAAUACGACUGUAGUUUGCAAUGAAUCAUUUUCCUGUAGAAGUGACCUCGAAAUUCAUUCAAAAAUGCAAGGUGAUUACAAAAAACUCUUCGAAUGUGAGAUUUGUCACAGUUCAUUCAGCUGCAAGGACUACCUCAAUAAUCACAUAAAUAUAGUACAUGAUUGUAAAUCCUUCGAAUGCGAAAUUUGUCACAAAUCAUUUGGAUACCGAUUUGUACUUAAGAACCACAUGAAUGCUGUGCAUGUUUCUAGAGAAUCUUAUGAAAAAGAAGAACAAGAUAGCAGUUUCGAAUGCAAUAUUUGUCAUAAUUCAUUUGGACUGAAAGAUGACCAUAUAAAUCACGUACAUGGAUAUCAUAAUCGGAGCAAACCCUUUGAAUGUGAGAUUUGUCAUAAAUUAUUUGGCCAGAAUAGUCACCUUAAAACUCACAUAAAUACAGUACAUAAUCGCAUCAAGCCAUUCGAAUGUGAGAUUUGUCAAAAGUCAUUUGGACUAAAAAAAGACCUCAGAAGACAUAUGAGUGCAGUACAUAAUCGGAUUAAACCCUUCGAGUGUGAAAUUUGUCACAAAUCAUUUGGAGAAAAGAGUACUCUCAAUCGUCACGUUAAUGUAAUACAUGAUCGUAGUAAACCCUUUGAAUGUGUGAUUUGUCACAAAUCGUUUGGACAAAAAAUAAGCCUUAAUUAUCACAUAAGUACAAUACAUUAUCGUAGUAAACCCUUUGAAUGUGGUCAAUGUCACAAGUCAUAUGGACGUAAGGGAACCCUCAAGUUUCACAUACGUUCAGUUCAUGAUCGGGGCCAACCCUUCGAAUGUGAGAUUUGUAAAAAGUCAUUUGGACUAAGAAGUGACCUCAAAAGACAUAUAAGUGCAGUACAUGAUCGAAGCAAACCCUUUGAAUGUGAGAUUUGUCACAAGUCAUAUAGACGUAAGGGAACCCUCAAGUUUCACAUACAUUCAGUUCAUGAUCGUAUCAAACCCUUCCAAUGUGACAUUUGCCUUAAAUCAUUUGGACUAAAACAUAAUUUAAAAUACCACAUAAAUGCAGUACAUGAUUAUGGCGAACGCUUCGAAUGUGACAUUUGUCACAAAUCAUUUGGACUCAGAAGUCACUUCAAAAGGCAUAUAAAUAAAGUACAUAAUCGGAUCAAACCAUUCCAAUGUGAGAUUUGUAACAAAUCAUUUGGAUACAAGAGUAAACUUAAAAUACACUUAAUUGAAGUGCAUGAUCGUAUCAAACCUUGCGAAUGUGGGAUUUGUCACAAAUCAUAUGACCGCAAGAGUGACCUUAAAAUUCAUAUAAAUACAGUACAUUAUCCCAGCAAAUCCUUCGAAUGUGACAUUUGUCACAAAUCAUUUGGAAUCGAGAGAAAUCUCAAUCAACACAUAAAUAUAGUACAUACUCGUAAUAAACCCUUCCAAUGUGAGAUUUGUUACAAAUCAUUUGAAUGCAAAGACCAGCUGACUGUUCACCUGAGUGCAGUUCAUAUUAACAGCAUACCCUUCGAGUGUCAAAUUUGUUAUAAACUAUUUGAACAAAAAGUUAGCUUAGAAUCUCAUAUCAAUACAAUGCAUAAUCAUAAGAAACCCUUUGAAUGUGAAAUUUGUCACAAAUCAUUUGGAUACCAGAAUAUACUCAAAAUUCACAUGAAUGUUAUACAUCGUCGGAACAAGUUUUAGAAUGUGAUUAAUAACUCACAUAAUUUCAGAACGUGAUCGUAGUAAAUUCUUGGAGUAAAAGAUCUAACUCAAGUCAUAUAUUCGCAAGGGCACCUUUCAGUCUACAUAAAUACAUGUCUAGAGCAUAGAAAAAAAUUUUUAAAUAAUCUUUAUUUUAUUUGGUGG